UGACCAGGCCUUUCCUCUACACCACCCUUCUCGCACACACCUGUUUGUAGAAGGGGCGGGGGUAGCGGCCGAGGACAGAGGAAAAACACAAAAAAAGCCAGCGGAAGUAUCUUGCACCUCCCCUCUGAAUCACGCGCAUGCGCGCUGAAGGAACGUGGUCGGGAUUUGCGUAUUCAAAAUGGCUGCCGCGAUGGAUGUAGAUACUCCGAGUGGUACCAAUAGUGGUGCCGGCAAAAAGCGCUUCGAAGUGAAGAAGUGGAAUGCAGUUGCACUCUGGGCUUGGGAUAUUGUGGUUGACAACUGUGCCAUUUGCAGAAACCAUAUCAUGGAUCUCUGCAUAGAAUGUCAAGCUAACCAAGCAUCAGCUACCUCUGAAGAAUGCACUGUUGCAUGGGGCGUUUGUAAUCAUGCUUUCCACUUUCAUUGCAUCUCUCGCUGGCUUAAGACUCGGCAAGUGUGCCCAUUAGACAACCGGGAAUGGGAAUUCCAGAAGUAUGGACACUAGCAAGAGAGAGAAGAUCAUCAAGUCUAUUGUUUUGUCUUCAGUUAAAUCCAGUGGGUUGAUCCUAUAAUAGACUUACUUGUUUUCACCGUAAUAUAGUUAUUGUGAAUAGUAAUAAAUCUUGUCAGUCUCCUGCCUGA